AUCACUAGUCGGGUCCGAACUUCGGAAGACUCAAUUCGAACCAAAUACCGGUGCGUUGACUUGAAUCCAAUACCAUCUCCACAACUCUCUCUCUCUCUCCCUUAGUAGCUGAUCACUCUCUAUAUCUCUCUCUCAUCAGAUUGGCGGAUUCAUUUCCGAAGCUGAUGGGAGUGCUUAAUCUUCUGCUUUCAGUCCUAGCUUUACAUUCAACCUUUCUCUUAGUUUAUGUGCAUUCCGAAAUUUUCUUCGAAGAACGAUUCGAAGAUGGGUGGAUGAACAGAUGGGUGUUAUCGGAUUGGAAGAGAAGCGAAGGGAAAGCGGGAACUUUCAAGCACACUGCCGGAAAAUGGUCUGCUGAUCCUGAUGAUAAAGGAAUUCAGACAUACAAUGAUGCCAAGCAUUACGCAAUUUCGGCAAAGAUACCUGAGUUCAGCAACAAGAACAGAACUCUUGUUGUCCAAUAUUCCGUAAAGAUUGAGCAGGACAUUGAAUGUGGUGGUGCUUACAUUAAACUUCAUUCUGGUUAUGUCAAUCAGAAGAAGUUUGGUGGUGAUACCCCUUACAGGGAUUUGAUAUUCAAAUUCCUUGCUGUAGUCAUCACUUAA